AUGGUCUCAAACAGGCAUCCCGUCAAUGGUUCUCAAAAUUCUCCACCACCCCUCAUUCAAAAGGGUUUUCAUCAAUCCAUCUUUGAUUAUAUUCUAUUCACUUUCAAAAGUAAUCACACGACUAUAUUUGUACUCGUUUAUAUAGAUGACAUCAUUAUCACUGGAAAUAACGAAGACGCUAUCUCCGACAUCAAGAAAUUUCUCGCCCAGGCCUUUUCCAUCAAAGAUCUUGGAAAUCUUUCAUACUUCUUAGGUAUCGAAGUAUCCCGUUCUAAAAAGGGAAUAUUCUUAUGUCAAAGGAAAUAUACACUUGACAUUUUAUCCGACUCUGGUAUGACUGGUUGCCAACCAUCAGAUUUUCCUAUGGAGCAACACCUCCGUCUACGGCCCAAUGAAGGAAGCCCUCUUCCUGAUCCGACAAUCUAUCGUCGCCUCAUUGGUUGUCUAUUAUAUUUAACAGUGACACGGCCCGACAUCCAAUACGCUGUUAACACUCUCAGUCAAUUCAUGCAAUCUCCAUGUACAACUCAUCUCGAUGCGGCCACACGAGUUCUCCGAUAUCUUAAAGGGAGUGUCGGCAAAGGCUUAUUUCUUUCGGCUUCUAGCUCCCUCAAUUUAGUUGGAUAUGCCGACUCUGAUUGGGCUGGUUGUCCUACUACCCGUCGCUCCACUACCGGCUAUUUUACCAUGUUGGGCUCUAAUCCUAUAUCAUGGAAAACCAAGAAGCAAACAACAAUUUCUUGUUCCUCUGCUGAAGCAGAAUAUCGUUCCCUUGCAACUUUAUCUUCCGAGUUACAAUGGUUAAAAUAUCUUCUCUCGGAUCUCGACAUUGAUCAUCCUCAACCGAUCACCGUUCAUUGUGAUAGUCAAGCUGCUAUUCACAUCGUCGAAAACCCAGUUUUUCAUGAACGCACAAAACACAUUGAAAUUGAUUGUCAUUUCGUUCGUGAGAAAAUUAAAUCAGGUCUUAUCAGCCCUUCUUAUCUCCGAUCUUUUGACCAACUAGCUGACAUAUUUACUAAACCUCUAGGAGGCGGUACUUAUAAACGACUACUCGGCAAGUUGGGUGUUCUUGAGAUCUCAAUCCCACCUCCAACUUGA